CUAAUACGGGCCUCGCAACAGGUGAACGGGCAGCCAGCCCCUGUGCUGCCUCCCGCGGCCCAAAAUGGAACUGCCCCGGCACUUGCGGUACCUUCACACAUUAGAGGGCGAACUAUGGCAACAGCAGCUGCGACAAACUGUUUUGAGCUUGCUGAGGUACAUUGCUUGCUAAAGAUCUGCCCUUGAUUUGGAAUGUCUGAGAUACCAGAAGAGAUUCUGCAUACUCCUAAGAGGAGAUGCACCAGAAAGCAUACCUUCUCUGAUGAAAGUUCAUUAUCACAAGACAGCAGCUGCUCCCAAGAAAGUAUUGAAUUGCAUGACUUGCAGACCUUGGUUUUGAAAAUGAUUAAGAGGAGAAAGGAAAACACCUUUCUAGGCUCUGAAGGUUUAAAUGCUGCAAGAGAUUUGUCAUCAAAGUUAAUCAGCAGGAGGAUUAUAACUGCAGCAGGGCCACUGGAGAAAAUUUGGAUAGCAUGUGCUCUUAGUGAAUUUACAGCUGUUAUUAAAACGCCAUUAUCAGUACAAAAUGAAUUGGUUACACUUACAUUUAUUGUGGAGCAGUUGAAAGAAAUAAUAAGUGAGGAACUGGAAAUACGUAACUCUUGUGUCACACUCAUGAAGUCUUUAGCUGAGACAAACAUUCUUUGCCUGUGUUUUUCUUUGGACCAGUCAGAUGAUGUAGAAAGAUUCCUCAUAAGAGUUUUUGACACUAUGUUUCUGUUAGUUAGAUAUGACAAGGAUUGUGAUAUAAAGGAACACAUCUAUGAAAUACUAAGGCAGCUUUGUCAUAAAAUGGCAAUAAACAGAUUUCCUGCACAGUGUGUGGAUAUUGUUCUACAUCGUUUUCUUUAUGAAAAAGUGAAUGAUGCUUUCUUGUUGGCAUACAAAGUAAUUAGCAGUAUUCCAGCUUUUGUGCAAUCUCUAUGUAGAGUUGUGCAUUUACGACUUCAUGCUGGCCCAAUUCCAGAAAAUGAUUUUGUAGUUAAUAUUGAUGUCUUUAAUCUCAUUAAGAAGCUGCACAAGCUAAUUCCAAAUAGUAUUGCACCAGUAAUAAGUAGUUUGGAAUUAUGUCUUUGCAGUGAAAAUAAUGAGGAGAAGUUAAAUGCUUUCCAGCUUUUGACACAUUUGUACACUGAAGGAAAUUGUGAGGGAAAGUACAUUUUUCUGUGGAAAGCAUUCUUGGAACGGUUGCAGACAGAUCCUCUGGGGCAGAAAUUUGGCUUAGCACAUAUAUCUGAUUUCCUUAUUAAGAAGCCACUUCUUAGAAAAGAUCUGUUUGAACUGCUGAUGUUUUAUAGUACUAUGCCAGAUGCCAGUUCUCGUGAAGAAGUUGUGAAUGAAAUUGUCAGAUCUUCCUUUUAUUAUUUUACAAUUGGUCAAAUGAUUGUUAUCAGUGAUGCUUACUUAGUUAAUAUAGUGGCAUAUCGGAGAUAUGAUGUCAGUGUUUCUGUGAGACAUGCAGCACUCUAUGGAUUGGCAGAAAUGUAUGAACACUGUAGCAGCCAGCAAAAAUUGAUUUCACUUUCAAAUUUUGAGUUAACUACAAAACUGACCUGGUUGCUGGGAUUAAUUUUAGAAGUUUUUACAAAAGAGACAUCAUCAUGGCGAGAUAAAACAACUGUGCGAUAUUUGCUGUACAAUAAAAUGUUGCCAACACAUGUAUGCAGCACAGAGAAGAUGAAAUACUUAAUCCACAUGUGGAAUGUAGCAAAUAAUGACUGUGAAACUAUAUUUCAUUCAGUUCAAAACUUCAGUUGCCUAAUUAGAAAUCAUAUGAAAGGACUACUGCAAAGUAUACAUAAUGGGGAAGAAUGGGAACAACUUCAUCUGAUUUCUGAGUUCUUCGAUGAGCCUGAAAGAGUUUAUAAUUGUUUGAGAGAUGCUAUUCAUUAUUUGUGUCAGAAUAAUGGACUGGAGCACCUUCGUAAGAUUCUUGAUGUAUCUUGCAGCUGUGAUGAAAGAAUCAAAGCAAAGGAAGAUCUUUCUGCUAUAAUGGCUUCUGAAAGAAAUGAGACGCAGAAGUUAUUCUGGAAAUUGCUUGUAUGGAUUCAUGAUGAUGUUACUGACAUGGAAUCAAUCAAGGUUCUGCUGAGAGAUAUAAUGAAGAGUACAAAUGAAGACAUAGAAACAUCAAAAUAUAUGACACUUCUGAAUGAAAUUUUGUUAAUGCAUCCACAGCUUGGCUUUACAGAUGAUGUUGUUAAUAUUUUAAUAUCUGUAACAGAUAUACAGGGUCUUAAGAUCAUAAAGAUGUUGUCUAAACACCAAAAGUUUGAAAGUGUAUCCAGAGAACUAUUUGAGCAGAAGAUUAAACCCAUUUUAUUACAGUACAUUACAGCAGAUUUGAAGAGAAGCAAGUUAGCUCUACAGUGCCUUUUACGACACUCUGUAGAUGAGGCCUCCAUGUGUGAACAUCUGAUGCAGACGAUUCUGCAGCUGAAGGAAGAAGACUACAUUAAGUACUUGAAGUUAAUUGGCACCAUGUGUGCAGAAAUGCCAGCAAAUAUAGACUUACUAAAUGGUUUAAUUACAUUACAGGAGGUAAAGAAAAUAAUUUUGGCUCCUGUGAUAAGAGAGAAGCCAGUAGGGGCGUGGUGCAAUAAGAGUGCUCUAGAUCUUCAGACGCUAAGAAAGAUUAUUGCCAUAGAAUCAUUUGUUAAAUGUUUAUUGGCAAAGUUAUCUCAAGAUGAUAUUGAAGAAUUUUAUGUACUGCUGUCAUCAGUUGCUGCUGGGAAGUUUACAAUUGAAGGCUUAAAGCCAAGUUUAACAGAAAUGUCGUGGCUGCGUCUCACUUCUGGCUGUUCUAUAUUGAAAUUAUGUAGCAGUAAAUUCUUCUGGCAGAAACUAAAACUGAAGCAGUUUAAGUCUCUCACAACACUGUUAUAUGAUGCAGACGAGUAUGUCACAAAGGCAUUUUUGGCAAAAUUGUCAUUAUUUCUCUCAAAUAACAGAUGCCCAGUGGAUUUUUUUUCACUGUAUGCUUUCAUUGGUAUGAUUAUGCAGACUGAUCAGAGAAGAGACCUAAAUUCCUUAUUUUCUAAUACAGUAAAUGCACAAUGGCAAUACAUUCGAAGACAAUACAAAAUUCAUGAAGACCAUUUUUCCUUUGAAGUUUUUAUUAACAAACAUAAAGAUAUGUUACCUGACAGUAGCAUUGUUGCAUUGGUGUGCCUGUUAGCUUCAUACUGGAAGAUAGAACGAAAUCUAGUGAGAAAAUGCCUGGAAUCCUUCUUCUCUGUAAUGCUGCAGCACCAAUUUGCUGAUAUAAGGCUGCAAAAGGAAUACUAUGUAGAGUUGUUUGAAGCAAUGUACAAAAGCAGAGUUUUGGAUAUUGCAGAUAAAAAAUGUGAUAAAUUUAAUGCUAAUGUUAGGUCUAUCCUACAAAUGGCUGAGGUAUUAAUUGGAAAAAUGUGGCUGAAAGGAUCUGAGACAUACCAAGUAGUGCCAGAUUUUCCGAGAAGGUACUUCCAUUUAGAACAGGGGAGUGAAACCAUUACAGAACGCCAGUGAAGAGCAUUAGGAUCCAUUAUCAUUACAUUGAGUUCAGAGAAUACAGUUCAGUUUCAUAUUAUAACUAAAAUAAGAACGGAUCAUUUAUAAUAAAAUUACAUACUUUGUACUAUAAUUACUGCUAGUACAGGUGACAUGAUUUUUUUUUUUUACAGACAAUUAGAUAAGCAUCAAAAACUACAAAUAAAUAGGGAAAUACCUGUUAUUUUUAAGUGACUGUUGUAGAUUUUUGUGUUUGUCAUAGAUAUCAGAUUUUCACAAGUAUGCAACAAAAGCACAUGUUUUUUUCUGACCUGUAAUAUUUCUGUAUCCAGUAAAUGUGUUAUCUUCUUUCAAAAUCAAAACAGUUGACUUGCGAGCGAUGGGUUCAAGAUUUUUUGUUUAAACAGGAGAUGUAGAUGUUAACAGAAAACAAGAAUAAAUGAAGCUGAGACUGUUUUCUGUUACAGAAAUUCAAAACUGGCAAGCACAUAAUAAAAUACUUGGUUCAUUGAUAUGAUGACAAUAAGUAAAUGAAAAGCAAAAGAGGUGCUGUAUUAACACCUGUAAUUGUUUUUAACUGACACAAUAAAAUGAAAAAAGUCUUUGCAUGCCCAGUGUAUUAAAAUAAUGAAACCCUGUAAUUUUUUGUUAGAGCAAUAGACAGAGGGAUAUUUAUAACUGGCUUUCCUGGAAGGCACUUGGUAGCA